CCGUGGAGACUUAUAUUGAGGUUGAAUAUCAAAGACGCUUAUCAGCUAAGUAUUUUCCUGAAAUUCUUUGCAGUCUCAUUGCUAGUACUGGAGCGACACUUGAGUUAAUUUCAGCAGAAGAUACCGAAAAAGUCAACAGAAAUGAAAUUUCUCGUAUUAUUAAAAAUAUUGAGAAAAAUAUUAAAAGCUCGGAUGCAGAAUCAAUAGCAAAUGCUCCAGAUAUUAGUCCCAGUGAAGCUGAGAUUCUUAGUUCAAAAUCCUAUAUGCUCUUUUGCUGA